UCUUCCUUCGGCAGCGGCCAGCGCAACCGAGAUUCAGUUGGUCGUUAUCAUUGGACCGAUUUGGUGCAAGCUUUGCAGCCUUUCCAGGAUAGCCAGGAUAAGUGCCAGUUAAGUGUAACAGUGAUUCUUCGUGCGAGACGAGAGAAAGAGAAAGUACAGACUUCAAAAUGCCAGAAUCAAACAGUACGAACCCGCUGGUGAUCCUGCUCGAUUUUUUGCUGUUCCUGAUCAAGGCAACGGUGAACUUCGUUGUGUCGAUCGUGCAGCUGUUUGCUCCCCCACCGGCAGCGGACGUUACCGGCGAUAUUGUCCUGAUCACCGGCGCCGGUCAUGGCAUGGGAAAAUGCCUAUCGCUGCAGUAUGGCGCUCUGGGUGCCACCGUCGUUUGUGUGGACAUCAACGAAAAAACCAACUCGGAAACGGUCGCCGAAGUCAAGAAGAAGGGCGGAAAAUCCUUCGGUUUUGUCUGUGAUGUCACCGAUCGUAAGCAAAUUUUCGAACUGAUCGACAAGAUUAAGGUACAGGCUGGACCCGUUAGUAUUCUGGUAAAUAAUGCAGGCAUCAUGCCCACGCAUCCACUGGUUCAGCAGAGUGAGCAGGAGAUUACAAAGACGUUCCAAAUUAACGUUUUAGCACACUUUUGGCUACUGCAAGCUGUUCUGCCGGAUAUGAUAAUGCGAAACCGUGGUCACGUCGUCGCCCUGUCGUCCAUCGCUGGUCUGGCCGGCUUCCCCAACCUGGUUCCGUACUGUGGAACGAAAUUCGCCGUUCGCGGCAUUAUGGAAGCCAUGGCCGAGGAACUGCGAGCCGAUCCGCGAAAACCCAACAUCAAGUUCACCAGCAUCUACCCGUACAUGGUCGAUACGGGACUGUGCAAGAGACCCUUCACGCGGUUCCCCAGCCUGAUGAAGAUGGUCAAACCGGACGAUGCUGCGGCGGCUAUCAUUGACGCGCAGCGUCGCGGAAUUGUGGAGGCCUCCAUUCCGAAGUAUAUCCUCUACCUGAACACGUUUAUGCGUAUCUUCCCGCUGAAAACCGGCCAGGAGUUGGGUAACUUUUUGGAUACAGGCCUGAAGUCGGAUCUCCCAAAUGCCGGUGUUAAAAUCUACAACCUGGUCAUACUGAUCGUCGACAUCCUGGUGAUGCUGGUUCGAUGGAUCUACUAUACCCUGGAGUCGGUCUACCUGCUAAUGGUACCACCGAAACCGGAAGACGUCAGCAAGGAUGUUGUUUUGGUGACCGGAGCGGGACACGGUAUCGGCCGAUGUUUGGCCCAGCAAUACGCCCAGCUGGGAGCGACAGUGGUUUGCCUGGACAUCAACGACAAGAUGAACAACGAAACCGUGGCCAGCAUCAAGCAGCAGCGUGGCAAUGCUUUCGGCUAUGUGUGCGAUGUUACUAACCGGGAGCAAAUCAUUGAAACUGCCAAGACAAUCAAACAACAGGUCGGUGUUGUUACCAUUCUGAUAAACAAUGCUGGAAUCAUGCCAGCUCAUCCGAUACUGCAACAAACCGAAGCAGAAAUUCGCAAAACAUUCGAAAUCAACGUUUUGGCUCAUUUCUGGAUGCUUCAAACAUAUCUACCAGAUAUGAUUCAGAAGAACCGUGGUUCCAUAGUGGCCAUGUCUUCGGUGGCGGGUCUGCUUGGGCUGAACAAUUUGGUCCCGUACUGCGGCAGCAAGUAUGCCGUGCGUGGAAUCAUGGAGGCAAUGUACGAGGAACUGCGUCAGGAUGCCCGCAAGCCCGCGAUUCGAUUCACCAGUGUGUACCCGUACAUGGUCGACACGGGACUGUGCAAGAAACCACACAUGCGAUUCCCCAACAUGAUGCGCCUGGUCAAACCGGAGGAAGCGGCAGCGGCCAUCAUCGACGGCCAACGGCGCGGUAUGGUGGACGUAUCCAUUCCCAAGUACCUGCUCUAUCUGAAUGCGUUCGUUCGGGUGUUCCCGCUGAAAGCUGGCAAUCUGCUGCGGGACUUCCUCGACAGUGGUGUCGAGUCGGAUCUUUGAGUGAGCGAACCAAAAAGUAGACCGGCGGUCUGCGAUUGAUUGUGGCACUUAUUCGGCAGAGGCCACCACCAACCAUUACCAGCACUCGAUGCAGUGCAACCAAUGUUAUUUGGGUUUAAUUUAUUCAUUUCUGUUACGAACAUAUUUGUACGCUCAGCAGAAGCAGCAGCAGAAGCAACAGGUCAGUGCAGCACAAAGAUCUUUUUUCCGAUGUGCGUGUGCCCUAGCUUUAGUAUUCUAUCCAUUUGUUAGGUAAAAUAAGAAAAUAAAAAUAAAUUCUGUACCCUGUCAGUAGCUAUCCGCAUGGUAAUAUUUUUUUAU